AUGCCUAGGAAUGUGGUCGAUCCUCAUGUUGUUGGAAGUGUGAUAGGAGAUGUUUUGAACCCUUUUACAAACUCAGUAUCUUUGAGUGUUGUCAUCAAUAACAAAGAAAUUAGCAAUGGCUGUCUUUUGAAACCCUCUCAGUUGGUUAACCGUCCAAGGGUUAGUGUUGGUGGUGAAGAUCUAAGGACUUUCUACACCUUGGCUAUGGUGGACGCAGAUGCACCUAGCCCUAGUAACCCAUUUUUGAGGGAAUACUUGCAUUGGAUGGUGACGGAUAUUCCUGCGACAACAAGCGCAAGCUUUGGGAAAGAGGCAGUGUUUUAUGAGAGCCCAAAACCUUCAGCAGGGAUUCAUCGAUUUGUGAUUGUGUUAUUCAAACAACUGGGCAGAGACACAGUUUUUGCUCCAGAAUGGCGUCAUAAUUUCAACACUAGAAGCUUUGCUGAAAUUAACAAUCUUUUGAUUGUUGGAUCUGUUUAUUUCAACUGCCAAAGAGAGCGAGGUUGCGGUGGAAGGAGGUGUUAA